AUGAACCUAACAUUCUUCGACCAAUUCAUAAGCCCACAAAUCCUAGGAAUCCCAUUAACUACCCUAGCCCUACUAAUACCAUCAACCCUCUUCCCCACCCAAAACACCCGAUGAUUAACUAACCGUCUUUCAACACUCCAAUCAUGAACAAUCAACUCAUUCACAAAACAACUAAUACUUCCAAUUAAUAAAACAGGCCACCAAUGAUCCAUUAUCCUAACAUCAUUAAUAACCAUACUAUUAAUAAUCAAUUUACUAGGCCUUCUACCAUACACCUUCACCCCUACUACACAACUUUCCUUAAACAUAGGACUAGCCAUCCCAAUAUGACUAGCCACAGUACUCACAGGACUUCGAAAUCAACCAACAACAUCACUAGGACACCUAUUACCAGAAGGCACCCCAAUCCUAUUAACCCCUAUUCUCAUUAUCAUUGAAACAAUCAGCUUAUUCAUCCGACCAUUAGCUUUAGGCGUACGACUCACAGCCAACCUAACAGCCGGACAUCUACUAAUUCAACUUACCUCAACCGCAGUACUAACCCUACUUCCAAUAAUACCUACUCUAUCAUUACUAACUAUAGUUAUUCUUUUAUUACUAACAAUUCUAGAAUUAGCCGUAGCCAUAAUUCAAGCUUACGUAUUUGUUCUUCUAUUAAGCUUAUAUUUACAAGAAAACACUU